AUGGGAAAGUUGCUUCAUCAGAUCAUUUUCUAUGAGGAUAGAAACUUUGGAGGACGCUACUAUGAGUGCAUGAGUGACUGUGCUGACCUGCACUCUAUGUUUCAACGUUGCCGGUCCAUCCGUGUGGAGAGCGGCAUGUUCAUGAUCUACGACCGUCCUGGCUACACGGGAAAUCAGUAUUUCAUGAAGAGGGGAGGGUACGCAGACUACAUGGGCAAGGCAGGCAUGAACAACUGUGUCAGGUCCUGUCGGAUGAUUCCUUCGCACUCUAGCACCUUCAGGAUCAGGCUGUACGAGCAUUUCGACAUGGGAGGAGAGAUGAUGGAGCUGACAAGCGACUGCCCGAACCUGUUGGACCGUUUUCGGAUUUCCAACUUCAACUCUUGUAAUGUGAUGGAGGGUCACUGGCUCAUGUACGACCACACCAACUUCAGGGGACGCCACUACUACCUAAGGCCCGGGGUGUACAGGAGCUUCAGCGACUGGAACGGCACAAAUUCCAAGAUGGGCUCCAUCAGGCGUCUCAUGGAUCUCUAA